AAGCACAGACGAUAUUUUGUCUUGCUUUUCUUUGGCCGUAUAAAUUUCAAUCGGAAGAAAAAAGAGGAGAAGUGUGCAUUAAUCCAACUUAAAAAUGAAUUCUUCGUUGCUAAGCUUCCUCUCUCUCUUUCUUCUACUUGUGCUCUCGCCGAUCUCCUCCGUCGUCGCGCUGCUCCGCGCGCCGCCGCAUCUGUCGCCGGUUUCCGCCGAGAAGCUGAUUCGAGAUCUCAACUUGUUCCCGAACAAGCCGUUCAACAUCAUCGCCGAUGAUCUUCAGUCUGCCGACGCUCCGUCGAUCGUCGAGAGGCGAUUUAAGUUCCCCGAUUUGGUCGAUCCUAGCGGAGUUUCAGCUGAAGAACUAGGUCAUCAUGCCGGUUAUUAUCAGAUUCAGCAUUCUCACAGCGCCAAGAUGUUCUACUUUUUCUUUGAAUCACGCAAUAGCACCACAGACCCUGUUGUGAUAUGGUUGACUGGUGGGCCAGGUUGUAGCAGUGAGAUGGCUCUUUUCUAUGAAAAUGGGCCUUUCACUAUUGCCAAUAAUUUAUCACUUGUGUGGAAUCAGUAUGGCUGGGACCAGAUUUCCAAUAUUUUAUUUGUUGACCAGCCUAUUGGGACUGGCUUUAGCUAUAGUUCUGACAAGCGUGACAUUCGCCAUAAUGAAAAAGGUGUCAGUGAUGACUUAUAUGACUUUCUACAGGCUUUCUUCAAGGAGCAUCCUGAACUAGCAGACAAUGAUUUUUACAUUACUGGAGAGUCAUAUGCUGGACAUUACAUUCCCGCUUUUGCUGCCCGUGUCCACCAAGGAAACAAAGCAAAAGAAGGAAUUCAUGUGAAUUUGAAGGGAUUUGCUAUUGGAAAUGGGCUCACAGAUCCAGCAGUUCAGUAUGGUGCCUAUGCCGAUUAUGCCCUUGAUAUGGGAAUAAUUAAGCAAACUGAGCAUGAUCGUAUCAACAAGGUGCUUCCACUCUGUGAAACAGCAAUAAAGCUUUGUGGCACUGAUGGGACGCUAUCUUGCAUGGCAGCUUAUUUGGUUUGCAACACAAUAUUCAGUUCUAUCAUUGCACGUGCUGGUGAUAUUAACUACUAUGAUAUUAGAAAGAAAUGCGAAGGCAGUCUAUGCUACGACUUCUCGAACUUGGAGAAAUUCCUCAACCAGAAAUCGGUGAGGAGUGCUAUUGGAGUUGGAGAUAUAGAGUUCGUCUCGUGCAGCACUAGUGUUUACCAAGCCAUGCUUAUGGAUUGGAUGAGAAAUCUCGAAGUAGGUAUUCCUGCUCUUCUCGAGGAUGGAGUUAAGCUCCUCAUUUAUGCUGGUGAAUAUGAUCUCAUCUGCAAUUGGCUUGGUAACUCUAGGUGGGUCCACGCAAUGGAAUGGAGCGGUAAAAAAGAGUUUGUAGCAUCUAGUGAAGUUGCUUUUGAAGUUGAUGGUGCUGAAGCAGGAUUAUUAACAAGCCACGGACCUCUUAGUUUCUUAAAGGUACAUGAUGCUGGGCACAUGGUACCAAUGGAUCAGCCUAAAGCUUCAUUGGAGAUGCUGAAGAGGUGGAUGGAUGGUUCACUUGCUGAACCGGCUGCUGAACCAACCGCAGAACCGGCCGCUGAACCGACCGCCGAACCUGCUGAACCAGCCGUCCUCGUUUCUUCAAUGUGAUUGGGCUUCGUUCAACUGUGUUUGUAAAUAAGUGAUGACUCGGUUAAAUGUGAACGCGAAUGUUGAAAUUUGGUGGUGCAUGCGCAAUAUGUAUUGUAAUGGAACUUGUCGUAGACUUUUGAUGUUAUUACUUCACACGGA